CUGUACUCCCGCCACUUCUAAAAUUUACUCGUUGACUUUUAUCGAAGUAAAAUAUUUAACGUAUAAACGUGGAGAUGGAAAGUGAAGAAGACUCGACACAACCUCCAGAACAAGACAUCACACCACAACACUUCCCUAUCGAAAUUCUAGAAACUGAAGGCUUCAGUCAACAGUCCAGUGGAGAUGAAAAAUCAGGGAUGAAAUUUGAUGUUCUUUUUGACCCAAACUGUAGUCAGUGUAAACCUUUAACAAGACACUUUAUCAGUAAAACCAACAAGAAUACUCUUCCAUAUUACACCCCUGAGGGCAUGAACUGUUGUUCCUACACGGCAAUUAUUAUAAAAAUGUUCAAAACUUAUACCCAGCAACUCAUCAAGGCCCAGAGACAGAGUAAAACGACGACAUCGUGGGGAAAACCAGUCAUGCCAGGCCGUCAUCAUUCUAAAACUAUCGACUUAAAAAAACGAGGAUGCUUGUCUGUAAACAUGGAUAGCUCAGCCGAUGAAAAUGAAAAAAUUUCUCCUCGAAAACUUUCACCGGAUGUUUUUGAUUUGAAUAAUGUUUCGAAAUUUGAUGUUGAAAAAAGAACACUCAUCCCAUCUCCUGUAAAAGAAAGUUAUCAAUUAAAUUUUGUUGAUAAAUCAAAAGACGAAGGAGAUUCAAAAUUGUACAAUUAUGAUAUAGAGACGCAGAUAUAUAACGAGAUCCAAUCGUCUGAGAAUGAGGCGGCAGACGACAGUGAUUUCGUACCUGAAAAGGAAUCUUCGAAACAAAGACGUGCAAAACCGAAAUCAAAGCCGACACGUAAACGGAAAAAAUCCAUAUCUCCAAUAGAAUUUACAUCCAAGAAAACUCCACAGAAAAUUGUUAGUGAUUUCUUUAUGCAAAUUCAUGAUAGCCAAUCAAAAUUCAUCCAGUCAACUUCAAGCCAAUGGCUUUCUAAGGAUUCAGAACUUGACCAAUCAGCUUCAAAAGACUCAAAAUCAAAUUUUAAAGAUUCAAAAUCCAGCCAAUCAAAUUUUAAAGAUUUAAAAUCUAGCCAAUCAAACUAUAGUUCCAAAGAUGAUUUGAUUCUUGCCAGUCAAGAUUCCAAUGAGAUUUUGAAUCCUCAAGGAGAUAUUUAUUCUACUCAAGUCUCUCAACAAAAACGAACGCCAAGACUGGGGAGACCUGCAAGAAAAAAAGCAAAAGUGGAGACGCUACCAAAACGUAGAAUUUCAAUUUCCAGUGAUGACGAACUUCUUGAAAAACACUUAAAAGAUGUCAGCGUCAAAAAAAUCAAACUGAAUCCAAUUUCUCUUGAUAAAGACAACAUUUUUAAUGAAGGGGAUUCAAAAAUCAGAUCAAAAACAACACGAACAUAUCAAAAAAAGGCAAGAAAUAAAAAACCGGUGGAACCUGAUCCUGAAAAUGCCGUAGAUUUUGACCAACUUCUGUCUCUACCGACUCUACAUUACUCCCCUCAAUCUAGUCAAAAAACCACUAGUCCCAAAAACAGUCAGUCAGACCGAGAAAACGUUUUGUCUCGAAAUGUUCGUCAAAUUCAAGGAGAGUCGAGUGACAUAUCAUCCGAGUCACCCAUAAAAACUGUGAUUAAACGCAAAUCUUUCUCUUUGUGGGACAGUGAAGACGAAUUAGACUCUAAUUUGAUUGAACGAGCAAGUUGUAACCAAUCAAAAACAGUCGUGAAUGUGAAACCAAUGCAACAGACGGUUACCAAGGACAAUGGACCAAGUACAUCACAAGUUACCUCCCCUGGCCACCAAUCUAACGUCAAUGUUGUUACACCAAUCAGACGCCUAGCCCUCGAAGUACAGCCAGAAGAUAUAUCCAAUCAAGAGGAAGAUGAGGUAGAAGAAGUUAUAGAAUGUCCAUUAUGUGGAAACAACUUUUCUUCAAACAUGAUAGAACGCCAUGCUGCUACUUGCGGGGAAGAGGAAAUACAAGAAGAAGAUAUCCCAGUCCCAGCAAGGCCUUUUUUAAACACAGAACGAAAUCCAAGAGAUGAAGUUGAUGUAAAUUUGAAUCCAACAUCACUUAGUCCUCAUGGUUUUGGAAAAAUAUCAGACUCUCAAAGUUUAUAUAAAGCGUCAAAUGAUUGGCCAGGAAAGAAGACAGAGAUUCAAGAGGCAAUGCAAAAGGACUUCCAUCACAGUCCAAGUGCAGCUCAAUUUCUUCAGAUAGAACAGAAUAAUGCAAACGCAAAACAAGAGGUUUCAAAUUACCAUCGAAGAGGAUGA